AUGACGGCAGGACCCGUUUGUGACAACUGCGCUCCGGCAACUCAACUCACAUGCCCUCAAGGAACAAUUUGCGACUUCACACUUCUGCAAAGUUCCACGACUGGUGCUGGAUGUUCAAAAUAUGCUUGUAAACAAGGUCAAAUGAUCGCAGAGUUUGAAGCUGAACCAACAGCCGUAAGCAACGCAGUAUGCGAUCGUGAUAAACAACUGUUUUGGAGAGCGUCCACUGGAGAGUUGUUGGGGAAAAGUUUGCAAGCGACGUGUGGAUUCCCAUGUUCCACCUGUCAACCUCUAACUGCUGUUGAAACACCAUGUCCGGUGAACUACGACUGCUCAACCGAAGCCACUCCCAACCCUAUCAGUUAUUCGACGGAUCCACAAGGCUGCACGGUGGCUGUUUGCACGAACGGAAAGAUGUUCAGCGUUGGACAACCAGUACAGACCGCUAUUUGUGCUAAUGGCGGUUAUUUGACUAACGGAGAUAUCGUCAAUCAAGUUGCUUGCGGACUGCCCUGUACUACUUGUACGGCUCUACCACAAGAUGGUCUCACUUGUCCGGCUGGUCUCACCUGCACAACGGUCUCACAGCGAGCGGGACAAUGCAGCGAAGCGUACUGUCCAACCGGUGUCAUGACCGCCGAUGGCACGACGGUGGAUUUCUUGACUUGCAAUGGACAAGGAAAAUGGGUAGACGCUGCUGGUACCGCAUAUACAGCUGCACAAUGUGAAAUGUCUUGUGAACUUUGUACUGCUUUGACAAAUGCCGGUAUGCCAUGUCCAACGGGACUUAUUUGCGAAGCUACGAUGGAGCGAGAAGGGCAAUGCAAGGAAACGUAUUGUGCUACGGGCACAAUGACAGGAAACACUCAACGGACGACGGUCACGUCGUUGACAUGCAAUGGUCUCAGUCAAUGGGUGGAUCCGCAAAAUGCUAUCUAUGCCAGCGCACAAUGCGAAAUUCCUUGUGAUCAAUGUACUGCUUUAACAAACACUGGUAUGACUUGCCCUACGGGUUCAGUGUGCACCCAGGUCGUAAGUCAAGCAGGCCAAUGUCCUGCUGUUAUUUGCACCACUGGAACCAUGAAGGCAAAUCCAGGAAAUGUAGCGGUGACAACAUUGACUUGCGACCGCACAGCACAAUGGAUUGACGCGCAGAUGGCCGUAUACACUGCAGCUCAAUGCGAAGCUUCUUGUAUUCAAUGUACGGCACUAUCGAACACAGGCAUGACCUGCCCGACAGGAUUUAUUUGUGAAGCAGCCACUAGACGUGAAGCUCAGUGCUCGGAGACGUUUUGUGCUACUGGAACACUUACUGGAAAUACUGCUAGAACACCACUUACCGUUCUAACAUGUAACGCAAUGUCACAAUGGAUUGAUGCACAAUCUACUUCCUACACAAUCGCUCAAUGUGAAAUCCCUUGUGAUAAAUGUACUGCUUUGACCAAUACUGGUAUGACAUGCCCUACUGGUUUUGUGUGCACUCAGGUUGUCAGUCAAGCAGGUCAAUGCCCCGCAGUUAUUUGCACCACUGGAUCCAUGAAGGCAAAUCCAGGAAACGUAGCGGUGACGACAUUGACUUGCGACGGUUCAGCGCAGUGGAUUGACGCACAGAUGGCCGUGUACACUGCAGCUCAGUGCGAAGCUCCUUGUACGCAAUGUAUGGCGCUGUCCAACUCUGGUAUGCUCUGCCCGAAAGGAUUUAUUUGUGAAGCAGCUAUUAGACGUGAAGCUCAAUGCUCGGAAACGUAUUGUCCUAGUGGAACACUUACUGGAAAUGCGGAUAGAACAUCACUUACUGUUCUCACAUGCAACGCAAUGUCACAAUGGUUGGAUGCACAAUCCACUUCUUACACAAGCGCUCAAUGCGAAAUCCCAUGUAACCAGUGUUCCGCGCUGACCAAUGCUGGAAUGACUUGUUUGCCUGGUUUCAAAUGCACAACCGUUUCAACGAGGAAUGAUGGUCAAUGUCCGGAAGCAUACUGCGAAAGUGGACUAAUGACGGCUGGAGCUGGGCGAACAACAGUAACAUCACUAACAUGCAACGGUCAACAGCAAUGGGUAGACACUCAAAUGACCGUUUAUUCUAUAGCUCAGUGUGAAACAUCUUGCACUUGCUCUACAUUGACCAUUACACCUUCACCGAAUCGUGUACCUCCUACACGAGGUAAUGACUUAGGACCACUCGACGCUUCAGGUUGUUCAACAUUGGCGACGCGUUGUAGUAUGAAUGAUCUUUAUAGGCUGGUCACAUCGAACGGUGUCGUGACGCUUCAACCACCUGCUGCUCGAAGUACAGCGAUGACCUGUGUGGCCGGGCAAUGGAUGGCUACUAUCAAUGGGGUUCAAACCACCGUUCAAGAACAAGCUUGCUACGUUUUCCCUUGUACCACAUGCGGUAAUGUCAACACUGGACCAGGUGUUACGACGACACUCAAUUACGAUGCUACUACUUGGUGUAAAGGAUACACAUUAAGCGGCUGCCCUAACGGAUACAAAAUUGGUACCACCACUAUCGGCACGACAUUAACAUGUACAGGUGCUCUGAGGUGGUCGAGCGGUUCUUUCAGUGGUCCUAUCGCUGGACAAGUGACAGUGAACUGUGUUUAA